AAUAUCAUUAGUGACCUCGCAAAAGUCUUUUCAAUUAAUCAGACACGGUGUCAUGUAUUCUUUCACGGCGAGGACUCGAAUCUGAUGGGUUUCAACCGCAAUGAUCAGAUAUUUUUCGGUCUGGAACACUAUGCAGAACCACAAAGAUGCUCCUGCUGGAAAGGCUUAUGUUGACUGGUAUUAUAUCAUGGCGCACGAGAUGGCACAUGUGCAUACUCCAUACCAUGACGAGCAUCACGAGCUGUUGUUUCAAGCGCUGGCGACGAGAUACUUGACUGAGCUCCAUAAUUUGCCAGCCGUUCGAGAGUUGUUCAAGUGCACUUCUUAUUGAUAAACAUUACUGCAGUACUGUCUUUCUAGUUGGGUAUUCCGGAGGAUA